UACUUCUUUCUUUCUCCUUUCUUUCGUUUUGGAAGUCUGAUAAGCAAAACACAGAAGAUUUAUAAUAAGGAUUAUGGGGGAGUCUUCUGCUUCAUAUAUUCGCAUGGUGCAGCACCUGAUAGAGAAGUGUCUCCUCUUCCACAUGACGAAAGAAGAGUGCAUGGAGGCCCUUUCUAGGCAUGCAAAUAUCAACCCUGUAAUCACUUCCACAGUUUGGAAGGAAUUGGAGAAAGAGAACAAGGAGUUCUUCGACGCAUACAUGAAGAGCAGGGAAGACGAGAUGGCCGAAAUGGAGAUAAAGCAGAUGAUCCAAAAGAUGAUCUCCCAGUCCUCCACUGGGGACUAAUUAAUAUUAAUAUUCAAAAACAUGGAUAUAUUCUUGUUCUUGGCUUUGAAAGGGAGGGAGGACAGCGUACUACUAGAAGGAAGCCACACUGUGGUUAGCUUGUUGGUUCCAGUUAUAUAUGCACAUAUAAAUUAUGUAAUUAAUCUGUACUUUUAUAUAUAUCUCACUUUCGUAGGGGA